AUCGGCAGCCGCGCGCGGCGGGGAGGUUGCAGCGGCAGCGAGAGUAGCAGCGGCCGCGCCGCCGCCGCCGCCCUGCCGUGAGGAUCAUGGACAGCAAGCCCCUCCUGCACGACAGACCGCCCGCCUACAGCCCCGCGGGCCAGGCGGCCAGCGGCUACGACUACGGGCCCCGCGGCUACGGGGCCAUCCCCGCGCCCCAGGCGGGCUUCCAGCCGCCGCCCCCCUACGCGUAUCCGGUCGGUCCUGGCGCAGGAUAUGCUGUUCCUUCGGGCCCACCUCCGCAGAACUAUCCCAACACCACGUAUACCAUCAUUCAGCAGCCGCCCACCACCACGACGUCUGUCGUCGUCGUUGGAGGCUGCCCGGCCUGCAGAGUUGGCGUAUUGGAAGACACCUUCACCUGCCUGGGAGUCUUUUGUGCCAUCGCAUUUUUUCCUAUUGGAAUACUCUUCUGUCUUGCGUUGCGGCAGCGAAGAUGCCCAAACUGCGGUGCAACAUUUGGCUAAGGGAUAAAUGCACAUGGGCUUCGGGAAGCUUGUAACGACCGACGAUCCUAGUCCCCUUUUUCUAAUGUAAAUGUCAUGUACAAUCACGGUUAUGCUUCAGAGCUGAUUUUGUACAAGUGCGAUGACAUUAGUCCGUCUCUCUCUUGCAUGUAAAACUGAUCUAUGAGCAUGUCUGUUAUAAGACACGGAUCCCACCUGGCUUUGUGUCUUCAACGCACCUUUUUGGAAAUUAAAAAUAAAGCGCUUUUUGCAACUUCA